GGGGCGCCGGAGCCGCGGGGGCCGCGCACCGGGAAGAUGGUGGUCACCAGGUCUGCGCGGCCUCAGGCCGGGCUCCAAGCCACGUCAGCUGAAAGCUCCCAACAGAAGGAUUCUGCAAAAAGAAUUCAAGCACAUCCAAAAGGCAGGAAGGAAUCUCCAUCUGAUGACCCAAGUACUGCUGUAUCACAGACCACUAAGAAACAAAGUCCGGAUCCUACAGCCAGGAAGAGGAAGAGCAGAACUACAGGCUCAUUACCAGAAAUGAACAAACCUACUGAUGGAGAGAUCUCUGAAGCAGAGUCAACUUGUUCUUCUGUGUCUGAGGUCCAGGAUCCCAUUUUCAGAAUAACCAGGAGAAGGCAGAUCUUAGUUACAGGCACCCCAGUUUCCAGUGUAAGGAAAAGACCGAAAGUAACUCCAGUAAAUGAGUCUCAUACUGAGGAAGAAGUCUCUGAAGCAGAAUCUCAUGUGUCAGGUAUUUCUAGAAUUGUGCGUUCCACAGUGAUAGCUACACAAACCAGAGGAAGCAAGGCUAAGUCCCUAACAGGUCCAAGCCAAGAAUCAUACAUGGAAGCUGUUUCUGAUGCUGAGUCAUCAUGCUCAGAGGUUUCUUCCUUUUCUGGAAUUGCAACGAGGAGAACAACAAGGAGUAUGCAGAGGAGAUUACAGGCACAAACUGAGGAGAAUGAUACUAUGAUUGUAGCAGGAAAUGAAAAGCAAGGCGUAGAUACGCCUGUGAAUUCCAAGGAUUCAGAAACCAGACGAACUUCUUGUCGUUUACUAGCAAGAUCGCUUUCUCAGAUCAAUAAGCCGAAUCUCUAUAAUAAUGAAAUUUGUAAUGACCUUGAUGAGGAUCCCUUCUUCGGAAAUUCAGGAAAAAAAUUAAUUGCACAAAAACACCCAAGUGUUAAUAUAAGUGAGGAAGAACAGGACAACGUUUCACCUCUCAAAAACAUAACAAAGCAGAAUUGUGAGAGUUCAGAGGAAGAAGCCAAAGAACCAAUAGAUGAGGGAAAAGAAAUUAAUGAGAAAGAUUCUCAGUUGAAUCUUCCUGAACUGCAGGACACCAGCCUUCAGCAGUUAGUUUCUCAAAGGCAUUCCACCCCCGAAAAUAACAAAACCACAUCAGAGCCCUCAAAUCUGAACUGUGAGGCUGUAAUGAAAUCAUUAGCUCACACAUUUGCAGUUGUGGAAGUGGACAGAUGCGAUGAAGGAAGAAAGAGCACCAUAAAAACAAGCGACUGGACAGAACUUGGUGGCGGUGAUGAAGAGUGCACAGUUACAGGUGACAGCCAAGACAUGGACGAAGAAAGGGAUGUGGAUUUUGAGUGUGAUGCCAAACUGCGUAAUCCUGAGCUCAGCGCAUCUCAGGAUAAAGAUGAUUCGGUUUUAUUAGUUCUCAGCAGUGAUGAAAGCCAGCAGUCGGAAAGCAGUGAGGAUGAAGAGGACACUAUCUGUUUUGUUGAAAAUAGUGGUCAAAAGGAAUCAUUAAAUGCAGACUCAGAAACUACAUCACAUGGCAGUGCUUUGUUUGUAAUUGACACAACUCCUGGAUUGAGUGCUGAUAAAAAUUUUUACCUGAAUGAAGAAGACAAGGCCAGUGAGGUUGUCACUGAGGAAGAAGAGGAGGAGGAGGAAGAUGAGGAGGAAGAGGAAGAAAGUGAAGAAGAAUCAUCAGACCACGACAGAAAUAAAGAUAAUGAGUUUAGUGAUGAAGACAACUUACUAAAUAGCACAAAAUCUAAACUUCUGAAGUUGACGAGCAGCAGCAUAGACCCUGGUCUAAGUAUUAAGCAGUUGGGUGGUUUGUAUAUUAAUUUCAAUGCAGACAAGCCACAGUUGAACAAGAGAACCCUAACACAGCUCAAGGAGAAAAAGAAAAAUGAGCUUCUUCAGAAAGCUGUCAUUACUCCUGAUUUUGAGAAAAACUACUCUGUCCCACCAUAUAGAGAAUCAAAGUAUAAGCUUCAGAAAAAACGCAGACAAGAACGGCAAAAAACAGCAGGUGAUGGCUGGUUUGGUAUGAAAGCUCCAGAACUGACAGAUGAACUGAAAAAUGAUCUCAAAGCCCUGAAGAUGAGAGCUAGCAUGGACCCCAAAAGGUUUUAUAAGAAAAAUGAUAGAGACGGCUUCCCCAAGUACUUCCAGAUUGGAACCAUCGUUGACAAUCCAGCUGACUUCUACCACUCGCGAAUCCCCAAGAAGCAAAGGAAGAGGACGAUUGUGGAGGAGCUGCUGGCCGAUUCUGAGUUCAGAAGAUAUAACCGAAGGAAGUACUCAGAGAUCAUGGCUGAAAAGGCGGCCAAUGCAGCAGGAAAGAGGUUUCGAAAGAAGAAGAAAUUCCGCAAUUAAGAUUCACCAAGCAAACCACACAGUUUUACAUCUCCCCGUAUUUAUUUACUACAGGUAUUUUGAAAACUAACACCAGCAUCACAUAAAUUAACAUGAACUGGCCCUGUUUAUAUACAGGGAGUUGUGUGUGGAAAAAGCUGUUGUCUUGAGAAAAGAUGGAUAAUGUGCCCCUUGGAGUAAAAACAAGUGUGUCUGCAAGAGGUCCACUCAUGUUUAGACACUUUGAGGAGAAAAAAAGGAAAAGAACUUCAAUCAUUUAACAUUCUGUAAAGUUUUCAACAGUUAUUUAAAGAAAAUUUAAAACAUUUUGAAAAUACAAAGUUUGUUAACAUAUUCAAAAAGCUGUUCAAUAAUACCACUGUAACUAUGACCUGGAGGUAUGUGUCUUCUGGGGGGAGAUGGUAGGUAGGAAGUCCCCUUUGGUGAGCUGAACGUUCAAGUCCAGAAAAUGGGUAAAGCUGGGGUACAGAGUUGUUGCCAACAUAAGAGUCAGAGCUGAAACCAAAGCAGUGACAAAGGUGUUCCUGGAGCAGAUGUCUGCUAGUAUGUGACAAAGCUGAGUGAAGCCCUAAAAAGGACUUAAAAGAUAGGCUCCCUGCAAAGUUUGGGUUAAAAGUAGCAGCAGCAGAGCAGUUUUCCUUCCUUAGCAGUUUAAACAGGAGGGAAGAUAGAUUUUAUCCAGAUUCAAUGUUGUGUUCCAGUGAAGCAGUAUUAAAUCAACCUAAGUGACCUGGCCACGCAGUUAAGCGGUCCAGCUCAGCUGGUCUCCAAUGGCAGAGAUACGCAUCCUGGCUAAGCUACAGCCGGCACCCAAGGAGCAGUGGCGAUUUCCGGUAAUGCUUCUUGGUAGGUUAUUGCUUCCUUUACGUCAUUAUCCUGGGACCGCUCUUUUCUAGCGUACUGCCUCCUUGGCAUUUUGGUAAAUAAGAACUCUCCUAGUUUGUGUUUAGUGCUUGGGAUCAUAAGCAGCCUAGUAAAAAUUAACAAUGACAUUCCUGGCUGGACUUGGGCAAGCAUCCAUAUCUGUGCUCUUUUGUGGAAAAGCUUUUAUCCCAAGAAUAUUAAGCUUUGCCUUCUGGGUAAAGUAAGGAUCUGCUCUGGGGGAAUUAAAUAUCAAAACAAGGAGAAGUAAUAGUUAAUUUACCUUUUACACAUUCUUCCAGAAGGAGCCAUUGUUGGAGCAUUUGUUCGGCUCACGCUACUAUAAAAAUCUCACGGUUCAGUUGUCCUUCCAUUAGGGCGGUGCUUUGUGCAGUCAAGGACUUGCCCAGUUUUUCUCAGACUCAAUGCGUGGGUCAGCUUUUGACCAGUUAAAACUUUCAUCCUGGUUCCUGACUCACAACUGCCAGAAUAUGGUGAGUUAUUUGGUACUUCAAAACUGCACUUAUGUCCCGAUCUUUCCCACAAGAGCAGAUUAGAGCUUUCUGAAUGGAAAGCAGUGACGAGGACAUAGAACCUCGGUGUGAAUCCAGCUCCUGCUAACCACCCUUUAAGAGAUGCUCACAGUCUAUGUUUUGAGUACGGUUGGCCCUUGAACAACACGGGGUACUGGAUAGCAGGCCCUGAGUAUCCAUGUCCUGCAUUUGCGGAUUCAACCAGCUGCCUGUGGACCAGGCAGCUCUUUAGUGUGGAUUCAUCGAAAAAAUCUGAAUACAUGGACCUGGCCAGUUCUAACCUGUGUUCAGUGGUCAACUCUGUUAAUUACAUUUUAACACAUUCUUUUUUGUAUCCAUUGUAAUUUUUGAUUUUAUAUAUAUUUUUGUAAGCCACUUAAAUAAUCUGGAAGAGUUAUGAACAAAUGUAAAAUACUUGCCUUAUUCAGUGAAAUAAACGCUUCAACUAAAAAUCA